GAAAAAUAUAUGAAUAUGCAGUGACAAAAGGACUUGUUUUUUUUCUUUUUUCUAUUUUUUCUAAAUUCGGAAAAAAUAGAGCAUGCUUAAAUUGGUUAAUGAUCAAAAAAAUAGAAACAUGUCUGUCCUUGAUGGAAAGAUGGGGGGGUUGUGGUAGGAACUGUUUGGAAAAGUGGCAAGAUUUGUGAGAUCUCUCUUUGGUGUCACUUUUUCCUCUUCAACUUGGCAUAAGUAUGAUGGCUUCGGUUUCUCUUUUAAACAAACUCGCCCCAAAAGUGAGAAGAACCAAAAGGAAUCCUUCCAAGAAAUAACCAUUCUUCAUACGGAUUCUCAUAACUGAAAGGUUGACUCAACCACCUACAAACAAACUUCUAUAAAUUCUGCCCCUACCAUCUCCUUCUUCACUUCAUCCCUUACCCUUUUGUUUGUACUCACAAACCAAACCAAACCAAACAAACAAGCAAAGCCUACAAUAUGAUGAUUAAACUUCUCCACCACCCUUUAACCACCAACAAGUCUUCCUACAGAAAAAUGAGAUAUCCGUCAUUCAGCCUCCUUAGAGAACACAACAUUCUGUUCAUAAGGGGCUUCAUGAUCUUGUUCCUCAGCUGCAUAACCAUUCAGCUUAAUUUCUGUAUUUCCAGCACCCCUUCUUCUCUCAAAGCACUUCCCUUGGAGGGACACUUCAGUUUUGAAGAAGCUGACCUUAAACAUGCAGCCAGUGACUUUGGCAACAGGUACCAAUCUCACCCCAUGGCAGUGCUGCAUCCAAAAUCAGUUUCUGACAUUGCAAACACCAUAAAGCAUAUCUGGAACUUGGGGCCAAGUUCUCAGCUCAGUGUUGCAGCUAGAGGCCAUGGCCACUCACUCCAGGGGCAAGCACAGGCCCAUGGAGGAGUUGUUAUCAACAUGGAAUCACUCAGUGUCCCAGAAAUGCAGGUGCAUACAGGAGAAUCAUCUCCUUAUGUUGAUGUCUCAGGAGGGGAAUUGUGGAUAAACAUCUUGCAUGAGACACUAAGGUAUGGAUUUACACCAAGAUCAUGGACAGAUUACUUACAUCUCACAGUUGGUGGCACUUUGUCCAAUGCUGGUGUAAGUGGCCAAGCAUUUAGGCAUGGUCCCCAGAUAAGUAAUGUUCAGAAGCUGGAGAUUGUUACAGGAACUGGAGAAGUGGUAAACUGUUCUGAGGAGCAGAAUGGUGAACUCUUUCACAGUGUACUUGGAGGGCUAGGUCAGUUUGGCAUUAUAACAAGAGCAAGAAUAUUCCUGGAACCAGCACCUGCCAUGGUAAAAUGGAUCAGGGUGUUGUAUGCAGAUUUCACAGCAUUCAUUAGAGACCAAGAGAAAUUAAUAUUUGCAGAAAAGGCCUUUGAUUAUGUUGAAGGAUUUGUGAUAAUAAACAGAACUGGUCUGCUAAAUAACUGGAGCUCAUCCUUCAACCCACAAGACCCAGUUCAAGCUAGUGAGUUCAAGUCAGAUGGAAGAACUCUCUUCUGCCUAGAAUUGGCCAAAUACUACAAUCUUGAAGAAACCCUUCUAGUGAAUCAGGAAGUUGAGAAACAUUUGUCCCGCUUGAACUAUAUCCCAUCAACACUUUUUCUAACGGAAGUCACAUAUGUAGACUUUCUAGACAGGGUGCAUACCUCAGAGGUCAAGUUGCGUUCAAAAGGCUUGUGGGAUGUUCCACACCCAUGGCUCAAUCUUUUUAUACCCAAAACCAAAAUACACCAUUUCGCAGAGGUUGUCUUCGGGAACAUCGUUAAAGAAACAAGCAACGGCCCUGUCCUUAUCUACCCAGUAAAUAAAUCAAAAUGGGACAACAGAACUUCUGUUGUUAUUCCAGAGGAAGAUAUUUUCUACUUAGUGGCAUUUCUUGCCUCUGCAGUCCCCUCUUCCAAUGGUCCUGAUGGCCUUGAGCACAUUUUGAGUCGGAACAAAAAAAUUUUAGAGUAUUGUGAAAGAGCCAAUCUUGGGGUAAAGCAAUAUUUGCCCCACUACUCUACACAGGAAGAAUGGACGGCGCACUUUGGUUCCCAAUGGGAGAUUUUCAAGAAAAGAAAAUCACUUUAUGACCCUUUGGCUAUACUUGCCCCUGGCCAAGGAAUAUUUCAAAAAUCAAUAACCUUCUCAUGACGGUAGCCACGUUUUAGUAAUGAGAAGAAAAAAAAGGCCCUUAUGGCAUAUAUAUGUGAAUAUAUUCCUGCAUAUGCAUACUGUGUGUGUUGCACCAAGACAGCACAAGAGUUACUGGGUCAAUACAAGAGAACAAAGGUUUCAAACGUGAAUUAUUAUUAUAGGGUUUCAAAAAAUAUACCAAUAUUAUCAGUGCUAGAAACGAAUGUAUAUAUCAAUUUUGCAAACAGCUCCUUAUUUUGUUUUGUAAUGUAGCCAAUUUCAAGAACAAAA